GUCACAUCCUUUCGCACCUGUCCAGCAGGUUCUCCUCCCACCUGUGGCCGUCGUGUGUUAACUGUUCUGCGUCUGCGUUUUAGGGGCCUAUAAUUUUCUUGCAGUGACUACAUCGAGGCAUCGCCCUGUUGGAAACGAAUGACAUGUCUGCAAAUGAGAAAUAAUCGUCGUCUGCAUGAUGAGAGGAUGGAUGUGACCGAUGUGGCAAGAAUCCUGAAAGGGAAGUCGGCCAUCUUGACAGGAGGAAGAACCUGCGAAGGGUACACCCUCCUCACUUUUCCCGACACCGGCACGUUGCUCUCUGACCAAGACUUCAGAAAAGUGAUGCACUACUUGACUAGCUUGCCUCAAAGCCAAGAUGUCAAGCUCGGCUUCGUGUUGGUGGUGGACCGUCGAAAUGACAAGUGGACGUCCGUCAAGUCGAUAUUGCUCAAGAUAUCUGUUUUUUUCCCGGGCAUCAUAAGAGUGGUCUUUGUCUUGAAGCCCGUGGGAUUUUUACAGAAGGCCCUGUCUGAAGUUAGCAACAAACUUUUUAAGGAAGAUUUUAGUUUUAGGCUAGUCAUGUGCAGCACAUUGGAAGAGUUACACGAAUAUGUGGAUCCUGGCCAGCUGACGCAAGAUCUGGGAGGCAUCAUUCCCUAUGAUAAUAACCAGUGGAUAGAAGAAAGAAUGGCAAUAGAAAAGUUCUCAAGCAGCCUGAAGGAGGUCUUGGGGUCUGCUUUGGAAGUAAGGGAGAACCUGCGACUGGCCGACAUGCCCAACGACGUCCAGUCGACUCUGGAGCUGCUACGAGAUCAGGGCAGGGAAUAUCAGGAGCUCAAGGACCGACUGCUCCAAGUUGCUCAGAGGGGCCACCAACUGCUGAGCCACGUCCGACCCAACGGGACACACCUGCACGAUAGGCUCAUUAAUGUCUGCUCGCUCGACAGGUUGCUGGGUCAGUUGAACAGCACAGAGAAGGAAGUGGACAGUUUCUGGAGUAGCCAUAGAAAGAAGCUGGAAGAGUGCUUGGAGUUGAGGCGAUUUGAGCAAGACUUCCGGGAGCUCCAGGCCAACAUGGAAGCCAAUGAACGCGAGUUGGCAUCUAUGCAAUCCCUGGGGGACUCUGUCAGUCAGGUGGACGCCCUCUUGCAGCAACUGCAAGAGUUUGUCAGGCUAACGGAAGACGACUUAGAAAAGGCAGAGGAGCUGCGAAGAACCGGGAAGCAACUGAUCGCAGAGGGCCAUUAUGCCGUAGACUGCAUGGAGCCCAAGUGCCUGGAGCUGGAGUGCAUGUGUAACCGUUUCCAGGAGCUCCUAAGGCAACGGUUGGAUGUCCUGCACCGCUUCCGCGAUCUACAGGAACGCAUAGACAAGGCAAACAAGUGGUGUAGUCAAGGGGUUGAACUGCUGGCUACCCUGGACGUCGACCUGUGCACAUCACCAGAGUUUGCAUUGAGUGCUGUCCAGCAGUUGGCAACUUUUCUAAACAGUUCCCGUGAAUUUCGUCUGGAGGAUCCCCGAGAGUUUCAUCGCUUCUUCAAGGACUUUGUCAGUGGAGACAUGAAGCCUAUGUUACAGCAGGUAUUAAAAAGGAUAGAAGAUGUGAAGGUGACUUGUGAGAAACGUCAGAGCUGCUUCCAAACCCUCGCGGUCCGUCCACCUUUGGUGCCUCAUCAUGACAGCGCAACUCUUGGAUCUUAUAAUGCAAAAAAGCCCAACACCAAGGUGCAAUCUCGGUAUUUUAGUAGGUUACACAUUGAUAUGAACAACGGUCAGUCACUCCAGGAUAAGAGAAGCCACGUUAUGACAGAGCUGAUUGAAACCGAAAAAUCCUACGUGUCUGAGUUGCACAGCAUUAUUCAGGGCUACAAGAAAGCAAUGUGCAGCCCGGACAUGAAGGACCUCGUUCCACACUCUCUUCGUGGCAAAGGUGACAUACUCUUUGGAAACAUGGAGAGCCUUCAUCACUUUCACGACACCGUCUUCCUACAAGAUCUGGAGAACUGCCGCAGUACACCCCAGCUGGUGGGUAGUUGCUUCGUUCACAGAAAAGAGAGCUUCCACAAGUUAUAUAGCACGUACUGUAUGAACAAACCCAAGUCGGAAGCACUUCGUCUCGAGUGUGCCAGUAACAACGCCUUCUUUAAGGAAUGCCAGAGGAGACUGAACCAUAAGCUUCCUCUCGAUGCCUACCUGCUGAAACCUGUACAGAGGAUAACCAAGUAUCAAUUGUUGCUCAAGGAUUUGCUCAAGUAUUCCGAAGGUUGCGGAGAGCAAAGUGAGCUGCAAGAAGCUGUUGAGACGAUGCUUCAGGUCCUCAAACAUGUCAACGAUAGCAUGCACCAAGUUUCCAUAACAGGUUUUCAUGGUAGCCUCGCAGACUAUGGAAGGCUGCUGUUGCAAGGCAUGUUCAACGUGUGGCUGGAGAAGAAGAAAAAAGAGCUUCGCUUCAAGCCCAGCCAGAGAUAUAUUUUCCUUUACGAGCAACUCAUCCUCUUCACCAAGAAGUAUGGAAGGGACGACAACCCGGUGUAUGCCUUCAAAAAUGCACUCAAGACGUCUCAAAUUGGCCUCACGGAAAACGUGAAAGGGUCAAGGGGCGACAAGAGAAAAUUCGAAGUGUGGCUCCACGGACGGACGCAAGUGUUCGUAAUCCAGGCGCCCUCUCUUGAAUCGAAGGAACUAUGGGUGAAGCACAUCAAGCAAGUCUUACUGCAACAGUUCGAACAGAUGAAAGACGUUAAUCGACGCCAACAUUCUCAAGAGCAGCAACGCUUCAACGGGUCGCCCAGGGUACGGCACACGAUCAGUGGGAUGGUGUGGGAAAGCCACAACGAGGUCCCUCUCGGCCGACGAGCCACAUUGCCCGCACUCAGAAGCUACGUCGAACACGAAGAUGGUUGGUCGACGGAUGACGAAGCGGACAUUUUUCUCACUUCUGAGGUGGGCCGUUACUACGUUGCCCUGGGCGAUUACGAAGCUGUGGACGUGGGCGAGGUGACGUUGCACGAAGGCCAGCGCGUCCACGUGCUCAGGGUUGGUUGUGCGGGAUGGUGGUACGUCCGCUGUGGUGACCGCGAUGGUUGGGUUCCAGCUGCUUACCUCGCUCCUCGGCCCUCUUCGCCUUCCAUUAGCAGCCAAGAUUCCGGAGGAUGUGCCACGAGUCGCAUCAGCAUGGCCGGCAGCAACACCAGCCUGUCGAGCGGAGUUCCUUAAAAUGUGCCAACAGCUCUGCCAACGUUCCAUGACCAGCCAUGACAUAGACGGUUAUUUUCCUCCGUUUUCUGACGGAAUAUCUUCCAACUGUUCAUGCGGACGCCAGCCACCCCGAAACCGUGCCAGAAAAAAAGAUUCCCUAACGGAACAAACACUAUAGCGACGAGGCGAUUCUUGUCAAGAAAAACGUCAUGGGGUGUCAAUAUUAUGGUAUAUUUCCAAGUAGCUCACCCGAGUGAAGCCAUUGUUAAUUCAUUCUAAAAGUUAACCACGUGAAAGUUCCCAUAUCUUCUAAAUAUUGGAAAGGCUAUUCCAAUCAGGAAUUUCCACUCAUGUUCUACGUCGCUGCAUCAUCGCGACAUCGAGCCGCGUAAGCGUAAAAGCGUUCUUGUGGCCUUGGCGAACGAAGGGGAUAAAAAAAAAAAGAAGUCGUAUGGCCCUGCCGUACACAUUACUUACGGUAUCUUCGACUGGCGAUACCAAUGCUGGAAGCCAAAGCGCUCCGAACGGGAGGAAGAAAGAAACAAUCUGCCGUUGUCAGAACACUCAGUUUUGACCAGUCGAAUAUAUAUCGGUGGCUGCCAGUCGAAGAUGCCAAUAGGAAGGACAAACAGGACGGGGAAACCGUUUCGUGUCGUACAGAGCCAAGGCGGGAGCCAACUUGAAAAUGUGGGGAAACGUUAACGCCAAAGGCUAAAGAGGCCCGCUUUAGGUAAUCGCCCAUUCCGAACGACUUCGUUGGUUGUGUCAUUUUAUUGUAGAGGCGUCCUGGGUAGACUUGACAGGGAACCGACAUUUGCCUCAUAGAGUCCGACAACACAGCCGCUGCGUACUCGGUAGAGGUUACAUUAUCGUUUCUAUUCCUUCCGCCUCGGAGAGCCUGGUUGUGAUUGGAGCGACUCCUAAGUCAUGUCGGAGUAGCAAUCGUGCAUUGCACAGUCCCGUUGGUACCAUUCUUCCUAAGCUGGACAAGACAAUGUUAUAGCAGGUGUCGAAACCUCACGUCUGUCAACUGUGACGUCCUUUCUGAGCACGCGAUAGUACUGACGCUAUCAAUCCGUGUGUGUCAAGUUCUUGAUGCGGUCUCUUUCUGUGCAAGUUUCGUUUUCAAGCCGAGUUGCCCCUGGGUGGCUUUUUUGUUUAACUUCGGCAAGAUAGCGUUGUGACACCAAAAAAGUACGUGCCGUUGUAUGUUACCGUCGAUGUGUCAGCGAGGAAUGGACCUUUUUCCUAAUCUUGUCGCCCCCUAGUGGCUCUUCAGCGAACUAUUCUUGGCGCACGCCAGAAACGAGCUCAUGUAGAAGUGUAGAAGAAGGAUCGAGAGGAGGCGGAAAGUGGAAGCUGAAAUUGGGAACGAGCCAUGUGACGUGCGACUUUCGGUUUCGGUUUUACUGUUGUGUGCAUAGUUGUUGAAAGAGUAGUUUCAGAAUUAUUUGAUAGACACGCGGUUGGUGUGUCACAAUGGCCCCCAAACUGGCACGUGCAAAGCCAUCUCAGGAAACGUGAAGCGUCUCCCUUAUUCCACUUACCCCGGACUCCGCUUUUCUCUUCUCUCUUUUCUUCUUGCCUCCAAGGCUUGUACGCUACCGACUCGAGUCCGCGUGAAUCGGCUGCGCAAAGCGCCAUCUGUUUAGCGCGCACAAAAUGUUCCUCCCCGCCUCCGAGGCUGUAGGAGCCACGCGCACAAGCAAUUAGGACAGAGGCCCAUUUUUGUUGUUGUUGUGUCGUUGUUGUUUCCCCACUACAAGUGCCCUUGCACAACGAGUAACCAUCGACACGAAUUGUUCUACAAAUUGGCCCGAAGACUUUGCAUACGAGUUCAAAGUACCGCCAGCAACGAACGCGCGCGCAGCAGAAUGAGAGACUGCAUUUUUUCUGCAACCCUGCUGAGAGUGCCUUUUUUCCUUAGCCAGUGGAGCUACUCUCGACUCGAGUCCCUCGUAUAAGUUUGCUCACGUAUUCGGAUAAUCUUUCUUUUUGUCGGAAUUUGCUCAAGUGGCGACUUUCACAGCGUUCAUCCGAUGUAGAAAAGCUUUCCUGUAAAUACAGGGAGUCUAAAACACGGGCUUCCGGGGACACCGAGAAGAAAAGAAAUCGCAACUAAAAAUGCGGGGUUUCCCAAAAUGUAGAGUACUGAGAAAAACGGUUGGGAUUUAAUCUCCAACAUACAUGCUUUCCCUUUUUUCCUUUUUUUACGAGUUUGAAACAUAACGUCCACGUUUUUUUAGUUCACGUUUAGUAAAUAUGCCUUCCGAAUUCAAGAAAAUGGCGGCAUGGGCUAUUCAUACUGGAGAGGAGUGAGCAAUUUCUAACUCGUCUUAAUUUACAGAAACAAAUCUAUAGCCUCCAAAUUUUUUCGAGCGAUUUUUGGGGAAUUUAAGAAUAUACUAUUGUUUUUAGAGUGGUACUUUUUACAGUGCGGAAGAAAAUGUAGUACUUCACCAUUGGGAAACCCUGUAUUUAAAAGAAUAUCGAAAGUUUAUCGCUGUUGUAACGCGAACGAUGCCCUGUAUGCCGCGUUUUUCAAUGAAGCCGUAUUUUCACCGUAGAUUGAACCGGAAGAGACUUAAAGACGACUCCCGGCAAAUUCGCAAGUGCCUUUUGUCCUCUAUGGUAAUUCCUCUUUUUCGAAGAACAGAAAUAAACACUGCUUAUGCCAUA